AUGGCUUCCACCAAAUACCUUUCUUUCAACCCCUCUGUGGCUGACGCAGUCAAUCUGGACGAAUGCAUCACCGAGGAACGGCCUGCGGACGCCCCGAUGCCGCUGCAGCACCGGUGGCAUGUGUGGGAGCAGAUACAGCGAGAAGCAGCAGCAGCAGACAGAGCAGCAGACUAUUCGCAAAACACCCGGGACUUGGCUUCUUUCGACACUGUUCAGACGUUCUGGCAGCUGUGGGCGCACAUCCCCCAGCCCAGUGAACUCCUUGGCCACAAGCGGAUGAUCCGCCAAGACAGCAGCGGCAAGAGCCACGUGGUUGACGCGCUGAUGAUCUUCAAAGAAGGCAUCCAGCCAAUGUGGGAAGACCCGCAGAACUGCGUGGGGGGCCACCUGGAGUACCGAAUAGUUCCUUUCCAAACUCGCGCUGGCCAGCUCGACGAGUACUGGAACAACUUGGUUUUGGGAUUGAUAGGAGGGACUAUUGAACACGGAAGUCACGUCACUGGCAUUCGACUGGUGGACAAGCUGGGCCAGGGUAGGCACCCGUGCAUUCGCAUCGAGGUCUGGGUAGGAAAGUGUGACAGAACCGUUCAAGAGAAGCUCGCGAAGGAUCUGGAGAAGUGCUUUGCGACGAAACUGGUGCGUCUUGCUGCUGCAGCGCAGCAGCAGCAGCAGCAGCAGUGGGUGCACAACUUGCACACUUUGCGUCUUUUAACGGACGGGUCCAUCGGCACGGCGCCCCGGGGCGACUGGAAGAGCCACUCCACUCGCUGA